GUCCGUGCUGUUCUGUAUCAUCCGGUAAUUGUCACUAUGGACUUAGGUUAAAAUCUGGAUUUCAUAAGAAAGUAUUAACGCUCUGGUUGAUUUAUAAGAGGAAGACGACGGAAUUAAAAAAUGGAUUAUAGAGACGAGCAGGUCAAUGAAAUCGAGGCACUCGAUUCCAUAUACUGUGGCGAUAUGGAAAUAAUAGCAAAACAGCCCUUCUACAAAUUUUCAAUCCCAAUUAAAUCUGAAGAAUACGAACUAGACACGAGCAAUGGAUUAGCUUGUCGGCUAGAAUUUACUUACACAGCCAAAUAUCCUGAUGAGCCACUAGUUAUAGACAUUGAGGAUCAAGAAAACUUUGAGGAUGGUGACGAACAGAUACUCAAAGAACACUUAGCCGAGGAAAUGAAUGAAAAUUUAGGCAUGGUUAUGGUUUUCACUCUCGUUAGUGCUGCGCAAGAGUGGCUCAACGUUCAGUGGGACAAAAUAAAAAUGCAUAGGGAAGAAAGUGCUGCCUUGAAAUUAAUAGAGGAAGAAGAAGCUGAAAGAAAAAGAUUUGAGGGAACAAGAGUUACUGUCGAGACGUUUCUAACCUGGAAAGAGAAGUUCGAUGACGAAAUGGGAAUUACAAAACGACGUGAAAUUGCGGAACGAGAAGGAAAAAAGUUGACUGGAAGAGAGCUCUUUAUGACAGAUAAAACAUUAGACCAAUCCGAUUUGAAGUUCUUGGAAGACGGAGACGCAGUCAAGGUGGAUGAAAGCCUGUUUCAAAACUUGGAAGAUCUUGAUUUGGAUGAUGAUCCGGAUGAUCUGGAUUUUGACCCAAACAGUUUGUCUGAUGACAGUGCCUAAUAAUGUCAAUGGUAGCAAAUGAGCUAUUUUCACUAACUGACAGAGGCUCCUAGACUUGUCAGCGACGAGGAAUUUAAACUCGUGAUCAACGCAUGCUAGAAGGGUGGAGCACAAAUGCAUUUACAUGCCUAAUACCGUUAAAGUGUUUUGUAACAAUUGUAAAUAGUUGGAUAUUUUACGUUAACAAAGCUUAGUUUACCGGUAUUUGAGAUACUUUGUAUUGUACUCUUAUUUCACCUUUUUGUCAUAAUAGUAUGAAGUAAGAACGUAACAGCAAUCGCGUAGAUUCCAUUUUCAACUAUCUUCUGCUUUGUUACAGAAAAGAAAACCGUCCUAGCGUUCAGAUCUGUUUUUAAAUAAGUGCUUCAUCGACAGAUCGUGUUAGACUGCUCAAAUUAAAGUUUUCAGAAUUUUUUUCAAUAUCA